AUGAUUGGAAAUAUGCUCAUCACAAUUAAUCGAUUCUCUGCGCUUUGUCUCAAGGAUAAGUACGAAAACAUUUGGUCGCGGAGAAACGUGCGAAUCGUGACUGUAUUACAUAUCGCUUUUGCGUUUUCUGCUUCAACUCCACUAUUUGGAGCAGAAUUUAUAUUCAUCCAAAUUGAGGACGGAACCUAUACGUCGAUGGGAUUGGACAGACGUAGCGAUAUGAUCAACAGAUGCACUUACGUUGGAGCAUGUCUACUCUACGCUAUAGUUAGCCUUAUUUUAAACGUCAGAUUGAUGAUUGAGCUGCGCAAACUAUUAAGAAUGAGCGAUUUUGGACGACAUUCACGACACGAAAAGGUGAGCAAGCUGAUU